AUAAGACUAAGUCAAUUAUUAUUUUUUAAGAAAUGACUAUGCAAAAUUGUGUUUUCGCCGAAAAUGUGGUUAAAGAGUUUGUAAAAUCUAGAUUCCAGAAAUGGCACGAUAUAUACCUAAUUUUAUAACAGAACAGGAAGAAAUACAAAUAAUAAAACACGUUAAUACUGUUCCUCUUCCAAAAUGGACUCAAUUGAGUAAUAGAAGAUUACAAAAUUGGGGUGGUAUACCUCAUCCCAAAGGAAUGAUAGCUGAAGACAUACCAGGCUGGCUUCGAAUUUACAUGGAUAAAAUAAUUUCUUUAAAUAUUUUCGAGAAAGAUAAGCCACCUAAUCAUGUAUUAAUUAAUGAAUAUUUGCCUGGUCAAGGAAUAAUGGCACAUUCAGAUGGUCCACUUUUUUAUCCAAUGGUAACUACUAUUAGUUGCGGAACUCAUACUCUUCUAGAUUUCUACAAACAUAAUGAUAUUAUGGAGCCGCAACAACUUAAACUGGAGUUUAGUUUGUUAUUAGAACGUAGAAGUUUGUUGAUAUUGACUGGAGAAUUGUAUCAUGACUAUUUACAUGCUAUUGCACAAACUUAUUCAGAUACUAUCUCAAAAAAUAUAAUUAAAAAUUUGAACAUGUGUGCGGCAGAAUAUAACGAAGGACAGAUAAUUGAAAGAAGUACAAGAGUAUCUUUAACUAUCAGGCAUGUACCUAAAACUAGUAAAUUGAAAUUAAAAAUAGGUUAAAAUUGAAUUUUUUCUAUAUUUUCUUAUGUUAAUAUUCGAAUAUGCUUAAAAAUUGAUCCUUACGAAAGACCCAUGGAAGUUGUAUCUG